AUGAAGUUGUUCAUUCUGGUGGCUCUGUUUGGGCUCUGCCUCGCUCAGCACAACCCCCACAUCCAGCAUGGCAGGACCUCCAUUGUGCACCUGUUUGAGUGGCGCUGGGCCGACAUCACUGCAGAGUGUGAGCGCUUCUUGGGUCCUAAUGGCUUUGGUGGAGUUCAGAUUUCCCCUCCAAAUGAGCACAUUGUGCUGAAUAGUCCCUGGAGGCCCUGGUGGCAGAGAUACCAACCAGUCGGCUACAACCUGUGCUCCCGAUCAGGCAAUGAGAACGAGCUGAGAGACAUGAUCACCAGAUGCAACAACGUUGGGGUCAAUAUCUAUGUUGACGCUGUCAUCAACCACAUGUGCGGCGCCGGCGCUGGAGAGGGAACCCACUCUUCAUGUGGAAGCUGGUUCAGUGCUGGCAGGAAGGACUUCCCCAGUGUCCCCUUUACCCAGUCUGACUUCAAUGACCACAAAUGCAGGACUGGCAGUGGCGAGAUUGAGAACUAUGGUGAUGCCAAUCAGGUGCGUGACUGUCGUCUGGUUAGUUUAUUGGACCUGGCCUUGGAGAAAGAUUAUGUCAGGGACAAGGUGGCCGACUUCAUGAACAAGCUGAUUGACAUGGGUGUGGCUGGAUUCAGAGUGGAUGCCUGCAAGCACAUGUGGCCAGGUGACCUGUCUGCUGUUUACGGUCGUCUGCACAACCUCAACACCGAGUGGUUCUCUGGUGGCUCCAGACCCUUCAUCUUCCAGGAGGUUAUUGAUUUGGGAGGAGAGUCCAUCACGUCAACAGAGUACUUCCAUCUAGGAAGAGUGACUGAGUUCAAGUAUGGUGCCAAACUGGGAACUAUCUUCAGAAAGUGGAAUGGCGAGAAGCUGUCUUACACCAAGAACUGGGGAGAGGGAUGGGGCUUCAUGCCCAACGACAAUGCUCUCGUCUUCGUUGACAACCACGACAACCAGAGAGGCCAUGGUGCUGGUGGUGCAGCCAUCGCUACCUUCUGGGACUCCAGGCUCCACAAGAUGGCUGUCGGCUUCAUGCUGGCCCACCCUUACGGUGUAACCAGGGUGAUGUCUAGCUUCCGCUGGAACCGCCACAUUGUCAAUGGAAAGGAUCAGAAUGACUGGGAGGGCCCCCCCAGCCAUGGUGAUGGAUCCACCAAGUCUGUUCCCAUCAACGCUGACCAGACUUGUGGAGAUGGAUGGGUGUGUGAGCACAGAUGGCGUCAAAUCAAGAACAUGGUUAUUUUCCGCAAUGUGGUCAAUGGACAGCCUCAUUCCAACUGGUGGGACAACCAGAGCAACCAGGUGGCCUUUGGACGUGGUAAUCGUGGUUUCAUUGUCUUCAACAAUGAUGACUGGGACCUGGAUGUGACCCUGAACACUGGCAUGCCCGGUGGCACCUACUGUGAUGUCAUUUCUGGUCAGAAGGAGGGAAGCGGGUGCUCGGGGAAGCAGAUCCAUGUUGGGGGUGAUGGGCGCGCCCACUUCAAGAUCAGCAACAGAGAUGAGGACCCCUUCGUUGCUAUACACGCUGACUCCAAGCUGUAA